AUGAAAAUUUCAAAAGAGUUUGAAAGCAAAUGGCAAAUGCCUCAUUGUGUCGGUGCUCUAGAUGGCAAACAUGUUAUACAUCAAGCAUUUCCUAAUAGUGGCUCAACCAAUUAUAAUUAUAAAGGAAGCCAUAGCACCAUACUUUUGGCAUUAUGUGAUGCCAACUAUAAUUUUACUUAUGUUAAUAUCGGCAUGCCUGGAAGGUGCAGUGAUGGUGGUGUUUUAAAAUCCUGCGAAUUAGGCAAACAAAUUUUAAACAAUGGUUUAGGAUUUCCUGAACCUUCUCCUAUAAGUGAGAGUUCAGGAAUUAUACCUUACUUUAUAGUUGCUGAUGAAGCAUUCCCCCUACUUACAUCAAUGAUGAGACCAUACCCUGGUCGUGGAAAACUGAAAUUACCAAUUAACAUAAAAAUAUUUAAUUACAGGUAAAAUGCUGUACUACAAUAAAUACCCCAUAUGAGUACUUCUGAUAUAUUAAUGCCUUUUAGACUCAGCAGAGCUAGAAGAUGUAUUGAAAAUUGUUUUGGGAUAUUAGCAUCAAGGUGGAGAAUAUAUAGACAAGCUAUAAUUGCUAGCGAAGAGACUGUUAAUGCCAUAAUUAAAGCUACAGUAGUACUUCAUAACUUUAUAAAAAAUAAGGAGACAGACUAUGGUACUUUAAUUAUACAUAUAAUAUUUAUAUAUGUGAGUAUUUAUUUAUUAACUUACAUUUAAUUCCAGGAUUAUUAUCUCAUAACAGUCAAGUUAUUAGUCACCAAAGAAGAAGUCAAGUUCCAGGUUUAAUGCCUGUUUCACAAAUGAGUUCCAAUUUUCAUGAUAAAAAUGCAAAAGAUAUUAGAAAUAAAUUAACUGUGUAUUUUUCCAACGAAGGAGCCGUACCGUUUCAAUACAACUAUGUAUAAUAUUAUUAUUGAUAUUACUGAUUUAAAAAUAUUAUUAUGUUUAUAAUGUAAAUUGUAAUAAGAUUUAAGCAGAGAGUCUACUGUCCGAGUCUUAUUUGUAUGAAAAUGUCUUGUUAAUAAUUGGUAUAAUGAUUAUAAUGUUGUCUAACAAUAAAAUAAAACA